AUGGCAACAUUGUCACAGAGAAAGCUUGCAGAGUCAAUAAAGCUAUUAGAAAGAGAAUGGAUAAAGAUGCACAGGGCAUCCAUCCAGUUGAGAGACGGCGAACGUAAGGAAAUGGCAUAUAGAUAUGUCGAUGUUACGGGUAAAGGAUCUUUUGGCGUUGUUGUCAAGAUAGCCGAUGACAACAACAACUUCUUUGCGCUGAAGAGGGUUUAUCAAGACAGGAGGUAUCACAACAGAGAGCUCAGCAUUCUAAUGAAUAUGGAUCAUCCAAACAUCAUAAGCCUUGUGUCGUAUUUCUACACGGACAAGUCUUCUUCAGGAAUGUAUCUAAACAUUAUCACAGACUUUGUUGACAUGAGCCUUGAGGAAUACAUCUCGGCUGCAAAAUGCUUGGAUACAAGAACUAUAGGAUCAAUAUAUAAGCAGAUUUUAGAGGGACUGCAGUACCUGCAUGGAAAAAGCAUUUGCCACAGGGAUAUCAAGCCAUCAAACAUUCUUAUCGGCCAUGAUGGGCUUGUCAAGAUAUGCGAUCUUGGAAGUGCCAAAGUAAUCAAGAAUGGAGAGAACAACGUGACAUACAUAUGCUCCAGGUUCUAUCGAGCACCUGAAAACCUACUUGAUUACAAAGAAUACGAUUUCAAGAUGGACGUGUGGUCUGUUGGGUGUGUAAUGGUUGAGUUUAGGCAUCCCGAGCCAAUAUUCAAAGGGGAUACAAGCAGAUCAACGCUCAAUAAAAUUCUUGAGAUAGUCAAGGCUACCGAGGACGAGCUUGCUGAACUUGGAUGCCAUGACCUUAUACUGAGCUCCAAAGGAUGUAGAGGCGUCAGAAGAUACCUAGAAGACUAUUUUGAUGAUGAAGAUAUUCUGGAUGUGUUCGAGCGCACAUUUGUGUUUUCACCACACAGAAGAUGCUCUGCAGACGAGCUUCUCAAAAGAAAGUUCUUUGAAGCAAUUUAG